GCCUCACAAAAAUCGUUGUCAACAGCCCCAGCGAUGGCUACUACCAAUCAGAACUCCACCCAAGGGCCAGCGAACGGCAACAGCGAAGCAUCAGGGCUGAACUCAGAGAUCCAACUUGUUUCAUCACUAGCAAAAUUACAAGAACUCGAACGCAAGAUCCAUGAACUGCGUGGAUUUAUGCCCCAGGGCCUACUGGAGCCUCUGGUGCCUAUUGCAAACCCAGAUAAAGUAUCCCUCGGCAAUCCAGUCGCUGAAACUCCACGGAUCCUCCGGGAUAAUCUGGAUGAGGCCGCACGCGCGCGCGUCGCUGAUGUCCAGCAAUUUCAGUCCUUGUGGCGGGAUCCGGAAUUGACUUCUGUAUGGGCACAUGUCGAAUCCCGCAUUCAGGAAGCCAACGGCCAGCUUCUUCAGCCGACGGGGAAGUGGGAAAGAGAUUAUGACGUUCUUCUAGAAGAACUAGCACGAAACGAAAAGUCCAAAAUAGAUGAACACCAGCGAGUGGACGAGGAAGCCGAACGUACUAAAGCGCAGUCUACCGAAGGCGAGUGGAAGAAUGUUUUGGAGCGGUUUGUUCAGCGGGAUAUGCCCGGUGUACGAGUUAUCAAGGGCCAGGAUGAGACUUCUCUAGCGGUAGCACUUGUUAGAGCUGGUGUCGUCUUCCAGGUGAAAGGAGUAUCUUCCCCUGGCUCCCCAAUCUCUGACUGGGAGGUUUCGAGCAAGAUCGCUGGUCGGUCACCCACGAAACUUGAGGAUGCUAUACUGGGAUGUGUGGGGUCACGCGCGCGAAAAUGGGACCUUGCUUUCUUGCUGGACAUGAUCUCUUCUUAUGCGGAUAUCAAGCAGACACCAUGCGUGAAGUGCGCUCGUCUGACUGAUAACGGCGCCCAACUGCCAACUCUCCGCCGCCCUCAGGCGGAUCAACAGUCUCUUAAUGGACCAGCACGUGUAUACACAUUCGACGCAUUGCACUGUGGAUGCGUCUGA